UUUCCCGUCACCUCUUUGGGACUUCAAAAUUGCUGCUAUUCCUUUUUAUUUGCUUGCUUCUUUUUUUUUUAUCAGCUUCAGUUUUCUUCUUCUCAAUCAAUCUCGUCUCGUUCUCUGCUUUCGUAUUAUUGUUCAUCCAUGGCUUCCACUUUCGUCACUACUCUGCCAAAACCCUUUCUCACCAAACCCAACUCUCAUUCUUUCUCUAAUCGCAGACUUAUCCCAGGCAUGCAACAAAACUCUCUGAGAGUUUGUGCUAUUUCGAAGAAAUGGGAACCCACCAAGGUUGUUCCGCAAGCUGAUAGAGUCCUUGUUCGUCUUGAGCAGCUCCCUGAGAAAUCGGCAGGUGGAGUUUUAUUGCCAAAAUCAGCUGUCAAAUUCGAGCGGUAUCUUACGGGGGAAAUUCUCUCUGUUGGUGCCGAUGUUGGGGGAGUGAAGGCUGGGACAAAGGUUCUUUUCUCAGACAUAAAUGCUUAUGAGGUGGAUUUGGGAACGGACACAAAGCACUGCUUUUGUAAAGAAAGUGAUUUGCUGGCUGUAGUUGAAUAGAGGUCAAUAUCAGAUUGUCAUGUUAUUAUUAUUUUUCUUUCUUUUUCACUAGCCAGGUUUGGAGACAGAAAGAGUUGGUCAAAUGAAUCCAAUGCGCAAGUUGCCUAGAUGAUGUUGUAGUAUUUACAAUAAUUAUACAGUAAUCAUAUUUGCUGUCCUAGGAGGCUGGACUGACUAAUUUUGGAGAAA